AUGCCACGAGUCUUCAAGCAUGCUGUUUGCAAUCGCGUGACGAGAUCAAUGGUUUGCGAUGACAGUCAUAUCAAGCAGGUGAUGGACAGCGAAAGUACCCAGGGCUAUUCUCACCAGAUCAAGAAUCACACAAUCACAACUAUGUUAUCAGAUCCCUUCAGCGAUGCUGCUGCAAUCGAUAUGCUGGAAUUUGAAAAUGUUGAAGACGGUAUCAAUCCCUGUCCCAAGCAUAGCGAUGGCAACACAGCCUAUCGACCGGAAAAAGUCGCAGUGCCUAUUCUAGAUGCCAUCUCGUCUGACACACAUUGGAAUUCCUUCUUCAGCAGAUAUUCCCCAGACAACCCCUCGACAGCGCCCAACACGUCUCCUUGUACAGAAACCACCAGUCCUAUCCAAUGGACUCCCACAGACCUAGGUACAACCCUCCCCACCAUACACAAGUAG